AUGCAAUUCAGUACCAUCUUCAUCGCAGCCCUAGCUGCCAUCUCCACUGAGGCCGCUACCAUGUCUUGCUACGCCAGCACCAACUACGGCGGUAAAGCUUUUGCAACAUCUGGAACGGGCACCUUCCCUCUAGGUUUCACUGCUGCGUCAUACAAGUUCAGCAGUGGCUUUGCCGAUGGUAUAUGUGUCAAAACUUGUGCUGGUGGCCGUGAAACGGGGAGCUUCUGCAAGGGUCGCAGCAAUGCUAAUGUUGCGUCUGGAAACAGGUUCAACAAGAUCGUCAUCGGAAAGGACAGCACUGUUCUGAACUGCUAGGCAUCUCUACGAUCCCAAAGCCUUCUCUUCAUGUUAUAAAGUUGUAUGGAAACCUAGAAGUGUUCAUUUAGAAAUAGCAAUUGAAGAGAUUGACGGCUAAAAUGUCUCAUUCCAUGUGACACACUCAUGAUCCCAUGAAACGGCUUUGGACAUAGAAGCAUUCUCAUCAGUGCAUUCUUCGAUCCAGUAUGUGCAAAAAAUUGCAGUAGAUAGUUAUAAUCCCAAGAUAAGUGGUAUAUCAGUGAUAAAGGAGGGGAUAGGUGGGUUUAGCUAUAGGAAUAGAUGAAUCAAACUCAGAAUCGCAAGG